CUUCACUAGAAUGCGAUGUGCUAAGACUAACGGGUCCGAGUUUGAGGAGAUGCAUAACUUGGUGGAGUUGGAUUUGCAGUGGUCCGAUUCUCAAGAUCCAACAAGCAAUGCAAGUGGAGAAAAAAGAAGAACUAGGAGGAGCUGGCAAGAACCUUCCUGCAGUCCGAGGCUGGUGCACUCUAUUAUGCGGAUCAGACCGGUAUGUAGGCGGUGGAGGCCUUAUUGUUGGCUGAGUGAGCAAGGAAGAAGCUGAAAUGGUGUUAAAAAGUUUUUGCUGACUUGGAAUCCCACAUGGUAGAGAUGAAUGACUGGUCGCAGACACAGAUGAUGGUCUGAAAGGUUGCAAGCGAGGGACAGGCGCAUGGAUUUGGCUGCCACCGCGGAGAUUACUUGCAGGAGUGGGGUUGAGGUCUUGUUUAAGUGCCUGAGAAAAGAGCAGAGGAGCGGUGAGCAGCUUGCCGGAAUAGGGCUGCUGUCUGUGGGCGGACCGGAGCAGGGGAAGUAGUCGGUUCGCUGGUGGGCUUCGACCCUUAGUAGUUGGGCUAACGAGAAACAAAACUGUACGGAUCCAAUGUAUAGAUUUCUGAUAUGAUAUCCGAACAAUUCAGUGAUAUCUACUCCAUUAACUGGAUCUUGGCAUAACUCAGCACAUCAAAAGUUGUGGCUUUACACUUGAGGAUAAAUCCUCCCUCAUUAAACCAACAAGGCCUUUUUCUAACUCAAGAGAUGGGAUUCAGCCCUUAACAGUUGAACUAGGGAGGAACAAAACCGUACGGGUCCAAUAUAUUACCUCCGCCCAGGCAAUUGGAGCCCGCCAUAGUCGGGCUUCAUUCUGUUGUUGGCAUCCGAAACAAACGAAUCUAUCUGGUGCUUCAAAUGCUUUCUGAAUUGAACAAAGACUUACCACUCGUUUCUAAAAUGGUGUGCAGAUGGUUACUGAUUGCUGCUCAGUUACCUGGACGCACAGACAAUGACGUGAAAAAUCCCUGGAAUACCAAGCUGAAAAAGAAGCUUUCCGGGAUGGGUAUUGAUCCUGUCGCCCAGAAGCCCUUCUCGCACCUCAUGGCUGAGAUUUCCAUUACUCUAGCCCCACCGCAGGGAGCCUGUAUUGCAGAAGCAGCUCUAGGUGGCUUCAAAGAUGAAAUGCUUCAUCUCCUAACUAAGACGCGGAUCGAGUUUCAGCCCCUGCAGUCUAAUCCAGUAACAGGAGACACAACAGCUAAACCUGGGGGAAAAGACGAUACCAUUGAGAAGAUCAAGCUUGGUUUAUCCAGGACCAUACAAGAAACCAGAAAUGCUACUCAUAAACAAGCCUUUGGGACACAGGACACUAAUGCGGUCACAUCUGAAAAUUUUACAGGGACCUGCAGCACUUUCCCAGGAUCCAUUACUGGAUACCAAGGCGGUCUGUCUUUGGGCAAUGAAGCAGCUGGAUCCCCAUGGAGCCAGAGUAUGUGCAAAGGAAGCACAUGCACAGAGGGGGGAUCAACAGGGCCGAUUGCAUGGGCAACUUGAGGAUGAAAUGGAUAGGAAUCUAAGGGUGGAAAAGAUAUGAGGAAUGGGUCCAGCAUGUUUAAUACCGAUUGUGUAUCAUGGGACUUACCAUCUGAUGAUCUUAGGAACCCCAUAGUCUAA